UUAUUUCAAUUUUAUUCUAUUCUAUUUUUUUACUAGCAAACAACAGUGGCUUCAAUCCUUCGCUUUUUCUCGUUUUAACAGAAAGACUGGAGAAAAAGAGGAAAAACCGGUCCUUUUACCAAACAAAAGAAAAAGAAAGUAUUCCUUUGGAUUCCUUCUCUUUGAUCUCAUGGAAUGGAAUGCCGUUGUAUUGAUGAUUUUUGGGACUUGGGUCUGAAAAUUCAAGCAAGAAAAUAAGUGAGCCUGUUUUGAAUUUUUCUCUCCUUUCCUCUCUUCUAUUGGGUUUCUUUUGGAUUCUUUUCCCGAAAUUAUUCCAACAAGGUAGGUGGGUCUCUCUUGAUGUUUCCAUUUCUGUCUCUAUUGCUGUGAAUUUGGUUGAUUUUAAGGUGGAUUUCGCAGUAUCAGAGAUCUUGCUUAAUCCUUUUGAGCUCCUACUGCUGAAGAGACUUGGAGAUCUUUGAGGAAAUAAAUUGUAGAGUUUUGUGGCUAUUAAUUUCUCUAGCCUGUAGGAUAGAGAAGACAAUAGAUUUAGAGACUGAUUAUACACCAAAAAAGCAGAGACUGAUCACAGAAAGCUUCAUUUUCUUGCGUGAAGAGCAACCUAUAGUUUCUUGUAGUAAUACGUUUGAAGGAGAGAGAGGAACCCGUAUAGAGAGAUUAUCUGAAAGGGUGUUUUUUUUUAUUCUCUUUUUUUGGUCAAUCUGGAAGGGCGUUGUUUCCGUUUUGUAUUUAUUGUUUUUUUCUUUUCAUAUUCUGUUGCUUGGUGGGUUUGCAACACUUUCGGGUUCAAUUUGUGAUUUUAGUGUGAAAGGAGCUCCUUUUCUUUCAGUUGUUUUUCAUCCUGUUAGUUAUUUUCCUCUCUUUUUUUUCAUUUUUUUUUUCUUUUUGUAUUUGAGUGUUGGAGAGAAAUCAUUUCAAGAUUGUGGAGAUCUGGAACUUGUUUCAUCUCUUAUGCCCCAUGAAAAAUCUUUUUCUUUCCGAAUCCUGCAAAGAAACACAAGUGCAUGCUCUGAAUCCACAAUCAUGGCUUCAAGUUGAAAGAGGGAAGAUCUCCAAAUUUUCCACGCACUCCUCGUCUUCUAUAGAAUCUCUUAUCAAGGUGCCCGAGCCACCCAUCCUCCCAUUCUUUAAGCCCCUUGAUUAUGUUGAUGUUCUAGCUCAAAUUCAUGAAGAACUUGAGUCUUGUCCGCUCUGUGAGAGACCGAACCUUUACUUGCUACAGUUUCAGGUCUUUAGGGGCCUUGGAGAAGUCAAAUUGCUGCGCCGGAGCCUCCGAUCAGCAUGGCUAAAUGCCACCACCGUUCAUGAGAAACUCGUAUUUAGUGCAUGGCUUAAGUAUGAGAAGCAAGGAGAAGAUCUCAUUGCCGACUUGCUUGCCUCAUGCGGGAAAUGCACACAGGAAUUUGGACCGUUAGACAUUGCCUCUCAGCUUCCCACUGAUUUAAACUUGAAUUCCCUUGAAACAGUUGAGAUUGUGGGGAGUCAUAUUUCCAGUACGGUCUUCUUCCAAAUUGGAGAAGAGAAGAUAGCCUGUGAUAGGCAGAAGAUUGCAUCUCUGUCUGCUCCAUUCCAUGCUAUGCUUAACGGAUGUUUCAUGGAAUCACAUCAAGAAGACAUAGAUUUGUCUGAAAAUGGUAUCUCCCCUUCGAGCAUGAGGGUGGUUAGUGAAUUUAGCGGGACAGGCAGUUUGGAAGGGGUUUCUCCUGGUACCUUGUUGGAAAUAUUAAUAUUUGCCAACAAGUUCUGUUGUGAAAGGCUUAAAGAUGCUUGUGAUCGGAAACUUGCAUCUUUGGUCUCCUCAAGACAAGAUGCAAUUGACCUCAUGGAAUAUGCACUUGAAGAGAAUGCCCCAGUCCUUGCUGCUUCAUGUUUACAAGUGUUUUUACAUGAACUUCCUGAUUGUUUGAAUGAUGAUCGGGUGGUUAAGAUAUUCAGCAUUACUAAUAAGCAGCAGAGAUCAAUCAUGGUGGGGUCUGCUUCAUUCUCACUCUAUUGUCUAUUGAGUGAGGUAGCCAUGAACGGUGAUCCCCAGUCAGAUGUAACAGCCUGUUUCUUGGAACGGUUGGUAGAGUCAGCAACAACUAGUAGGCAGAGACAGUUGGCCUUUCAUCAGUUGGGAUGUGUGAGGCUUCUGAGGAAAGAAUAUGAUGAAGCUGAGCAACUCUUUGAGGCAGCUUUCAAUGAGGGCCAUGUUUAUUCUGUUGCAGGUUUGGCUAGGCUGGGUUUUAUCAGAGGCCAUAAACUUUGGUCAUAUGAGAAGUUAAGCUCUACUAUUUCUUCCUAUACCCCUCUUGGGUGGAUGUACCAGGAGAGGUCACUAUACUGUGAAGGUGACAAAAAGUUGGAAGACCUUGAAAAGGCAACAGAGUUGGACCCAACACUGAACUAUCCAUACAUGUAUCGGGCCGCAUCAUUGAUGAGGAAGCAAAAUGUUCAAGCUGCUUUGGGGGAAAUCAAUCGGAUUCUUGGAUUCAAGUUGGCAUUAGAAUGCUUGGAACUUCGGUUCUGUUUCUAUCUGGCGCUUGAGGAUUACCAAGCUGCCUUGUGUGAUGUUCAGGCCAUUCUUACACUUUCUCCAGAAUAUAGGAUGUUUGAAGGGCGGGUGGCAGCUUCUCAACUCCGUACUCUUGUACAUGAGCAUGUUGAGAAUUGGACAACCGCAGAUUGUUGGUUACAAUUAUAUGACCGAUGGUCUUCAGUUGAUGAUAUUGGGUCCCUCUCAGUUAUCUAUCAGAUGCUUGAAUCUGAUGCAGCAAAAGGUGUGCUAUACUUCAGACAGUCUUUGCUUCUCCUUAGGUUAAACUGUCCUGAUGCAGCCAUGCGAAGUCUACAACUGGCACGCCAGCAUGCAUCAAGUGAACAUGAGCGCCUGGUUUACGAGGGGUGGAUCUUAUAUGAUACAGGUCAUUAUGAAGAAGGGCUUCGCAAGGCUGAAAAGUCAAUCAACCUUAAGAGAUCUUUUGAGGCCUAUUUUCUAAAAGCCUAUGCUUUGGCAGACUCUAGCCAAGACCCUUCUUGUUCUUCAACUGUUGUUUCACUUCUAGAGGAUGCACUUAAGUGUCCUUCGGACAGGCUUCGCAAAGGACAAGCCCUGAACAAUCUUGGUAGCGUGUAUGUUGAUUGUGGAAAACUGGAUUUGGCAGCUGAUUGCUACAUUAAUGCCCUCAAGAUCCGGCACACCCGAGCCCACCAGGGUCUUGCUAGGGUCCAUUACCUUAGGAAUGACCGUAAUGCUGCAUAUGAGGAAAUGACAAAACUAAUUGAGAAAGCUCAGAAUAAUGCAUCAGCAUAUGAAAAGAGGUCUGAAUAUUGUGAGCGUGAACUCACAAAGGCAGAUCUGGAGAUGGUAACUCGAUUAGAUCCACUCCGUGUCUAUCCUUACAGAUACCGAGCUGCAGUGCUGAUGGACAACCACAAGGAAAAGGAAGCGAUUGCAGAACUAUCAAGAGCAAUAGCUUUCAAAGCUGACCUCCACCUUCUACACCUGCGAGCAGCAUUCCAUGAGCACAUUGGAGAUAUAUCUGGUGCCCUGCGUGACUGCCGAGCUGCUCUCUCUGUGGACCCCAACCAUCAAGAGAUGCUGGAGCUCCACAGCCGUGUGAACAGCCAAGAACCUUGAGGGGAUCCCAAAAGGGAAAUUGUACACUAGACUAGAUAUAGCAAGCAUAUCUAAUUAUCUAUUGUUAUUUUUACUUUUUUUUUUUUUAUCUUUUGUAAUCUAUGCAAUCAGGUACGCAGUAAUUUAAUUUUGUCAAAAUAUUCAAAUUUUGCCCUUUCACGCAAUUUUUAUUAUGUGAAAGGAGAAAAUUGUUAAAAAAUUAUAUA